AUGGCUGUCUCAAGAAUCAUUUCGGUUUCUGAAAAGAUUAUUAAGGCCUCCUCUACUACACCAUCUCCACUUAAAAAUUACAAGCUUUCUCUUCUUGAUCAAGUCAUGAGUACCAUGUACAUUCACAUUGCUUUCUUCUACCCUAGACCUCUACAUCACAACAUUAAUAAAAGUUCCAAACAAGAAUUAGCCCAAGUUCUCGAGAAUUAUCUAUCGAAAACCUUAACCUCUUUUUAUCCAGUUGCUGGGAAGUUGAAAGAUAAUGUAGCUAUUGAAUGCAAUGACGACAUGGGAGCUAAAUUCUUAAAUGUUGAACUGAAUUGUUCCAUGUCUGAUGUCGUCAAUCUUCCUGAUACUGGUCCUGAAUAUUUGGCCUUCCCCAAAAAUUUGCCUUGGAAAACUUCCUAUGAUAAGGGUAGUAAAUUUGCUGUGGCUCAAUUAAGUCAUUUCAAAUGCGGAGGAAUAGCAGUUAGUGCAUGUUUGUCACAUAUGCUUGGAGAUGGAUGUACAGUUACUAAUUUCAUGAAUGACUGGGCAACUAUUGCACGAAACCAAGAGAACCAACAAAAUCAGGGAGAUCCACAUAAUAUUAACACUCAAGUUCCUACUCCACGAGACUCUCCACGACAAUCUCGUGAGAGUACUCCUGAUGGGUCUCAAAUAAAUGAGCAUGCUCAAUUUGAAAAUGUUGAAGCUGUUGAUAAAGCUUUGCAGAAAUUAAUUGUUGCUCAGGUCAACAAAGCUGUUGAGGCACUUGUUAACCAGUUACAUGUUGCAACAUCCACACCUACUCCAAAUAAUAACACUUUGGAAAACCCUUGUUCCGAGCUAGUUAACUCAGGCAGCGGUGGAACUCCCAGUGAAUCACAGGAGAGAGAACCAGGUAAUGGAAUCUGUCAAAUUCGUGGAGAUCAACAUACAGCUAGGGCUAUCAACUCUGUUGCAGAUACAAGCACAAGAAAUGAAGGUAAAUAG